AUGCAUGAACAGGAAUUAUCAUCACAACAAUUACAACUACAACCAGAGGUGCAGUCCAAUGAGGUUCCAGAGAAAAGAAGUGAACUACCAUCUGAACCCAAGGAGGGAGGACCAGAACAACUUAAGGAUGAAGCAGUGGACAGGGGUGAGAGAGUUGAGGUACCUGGGGAACAGCAACAUCUACAUCUUAGGGCCACAAGCCUGCAGAUGGAUUUAUCUCUCAGGAUCUGGAAUCAUUCGAAGAAACCACUGACAGCACUUGAAGAAAAAGUGCUUAACAGAGGACUUACAUUUAUACUUCAGGGAAGGAGCAAUGAGACACGGACCAUCAUUGAUUUAAAAAUGUAUGCGAGAAAGCUGAAUUUGAAACUUCUAUUUCACAAGAAAACGGUAAGAAGUGAAAUACUCAACUUGUGUUUGUUACACAACAUAUUUCAAAUCAGCAAAUACAUUACUGGUAUUAAUAUAAAGGAUACCAAAGAGAAGGCUGAACCUGAAAAAGAAAGUUUUUUUGCAUUGCACCAGCGUCGAGGGGCAAUCAAACAGGCCAAAGUUCACAAUGUCAAAUGUCACGAGUUCAUUGCUACUUUCUUCCCCCAGCCAACCUUCUGUUCUGUCUGUCAUGAGUUUGUCUGGGGACUUAACAAGCAGGGCUAUCAGUGCAGACAAUGCAAUGCAGCUAUUCAUAAGAAAUGCAUUGAUAAAGUGAUUGCAAAAUGCACUGGUUCAGCAGUCAACAGCCGGGAGACCAUGUUCAACAAAGAGAGAUUUAAAAUUGACAUGCCACAUAGAUUCCGAGUGUACAACUACAAAAGUCCUACAUUUUGUGAACACUGUGGCACACUUCUGUGGGGACUGGCAAGGCAAGGGCUGAAAUGUGAAGAAUGCGGUAUGAACGUCCACCACAAAUGCCAGAAGAAAGUGGCCAACCUAUGCGGAGUUAACCAGAAAUUAAUGGCAGAAGCCCUAGCAGUGAUUGAGAGUGCACAGCAGGCACGCACACUUCGUGACCCUGAACAGAUUUUAAGGGAAGGGCCGAUUGAAAUUGGCCUGCCAUCUACAGUAAAAGACAUUAACAGAGUGCAACUGGAUAGUUCUACCUCAGUAAGAAAAGAAAUCCAAGGAAUAUUUUGGGAAUGCCCAGCUGAAAACACUACAACACAUGGAAGUUCUAUUGAUACUCUGCAGAAUAUGGAUCAAGGGAAGACACAGCUGAGAUUUGUUGUCGAUGAUUUUAUAUUGCAUAAAAUGUUGGGAAAAGGCAGCUUUGGAAAGGUGUUCCUCGCAGAACUAAAAAACACAGAACAGUUCUUUGCUAUUAAGGUUUUAAAAAAAGACGUAGUUUUGUUGGAUGAUGAUGUCGAGUGUACAAUGGUGGAGAAGCGAGUUCUAGCCCUGGCAUGGGAGCAUCCAUUCUUAACACAUCUGUACUGCACAUUCCAGACCAAGGAAAACCUCUUCUUUGUAAUGGAGUACCUAAACGGUGGGGACCUAAUGUUUCACAUUCAGAACUGUCAAAGAUUUGAAGUCCCAAGAACUACAUUUUAUGCAGCAGAGAUAAUUUGUGGCCUUCAGUUUCUUCAUUCAAAGGGAAUAGUAUACAGAGAUCUGAAGUUGGAUAACAUCCUUUUGGAUAAAAGUGGACACAUAAAGAUUGCUGACUUUGGGAUGUGUAAAGAAGGAAUGUUUGAUGAUGGAAAGACAACCACCUUCUGUGGAACACCUGACUAUAUCGCACCUGAGAUAUUGCUCGGUCAGAAAUAUGGCACAUCUGUAGACUGGUGGUCUUUUGGUGUACUACUGUAUGAGAUGCUGAUUGGUCAGUCACCUUUUCAUGGUCAUGAUGAAGAAGAGCUCUUUCAGUCGAUUCGUAUGGAUGAUCCAUACUACCCACGCUGGAUCAGUAAAGAUGCAAAGGAUAUUCUUGUUAAACUGUUUGUAAGAGAGCCUGAACAAAGACUUGGUGUUAAAGGAAAUAUUCGUCAUCAUAGCUUCUUCCGGGAGAUUCACUGGCAAGCUCUGGAAAACAAAGAGACAGAACCACCAUUUAAACCAAAAGUGAAAUCACCUAGUGACUGCAGUAACUUUGACAAGGAAUUUCUCAAUGAAAAGCCCAGACUGUCAUGCGCAGACAGAACCCUUAUCAAUAGCAUGGACCAAAACAUGUUCAAAAAUUUCUCAUUUAUUAAUCCUAAAAUGGAAAGAUUAAUGUCCUGAUAUUUUCCCACCAAAGUGUGUUUGAAUCAGAAAUAAAAAAAGAAACUGUAAGUGGGAAUAACGACAAAGGAGAACACGUUUGUACAACACUUCAAUCCGCAGCGGUUUACAUCCUCAUAAAAGACAUUAAUAUUUGCACUUGUGAAAGGCCAGUCCAGCGUAAAUGUGUAUCCUAUGUAAUGAUAUCACGUGGCAUUCAUUGUAAUGUGUGUUCCGUUUGUGACAUACUUAAGCUAGCAAUAGGAUGUCCCAGGUAUUUAUAAAACAUUAAUCUAAAAUAUAUCCACAAUUAUCAUACAUUUCUGUGUCUUAUAAAAAUAAACGUCUGACUUGUAACAAUUUGAA